AAAGGAUCGUUUGGCGAAUUUUCUUUACUAAAAUGGUUUUUCAAGACCAUAUAUCUAAACGAACCAACUUUAAUAACGUUGCAAUAGUAAUAUAGGAUAACUUAAAAUGGUGUUACAGUCCUUCCGAGUUUUAUCUAAGCUACGACGAUUACUACGGUAAUAUUACUCCUUUAGUAGUUACAUUUAUACCGAUUUUUCAACACACUUAUAAAAAUAUCAACGAGACGAAAGCAAAAAAGAUGAAAAAAUAUUUCGAAGAAAUUUGAGACACGUGUUAUUACUACUAUUAUUAAUUAUUACGAUUAUUAUUUGACAAAAGACGCGCAGAAAGGUAGAUUGUACAUAGAAGAAAAAAAAACAGGUUCGUAUCAUUGUAAUAAUAAUUGUAAUAAAUUAAAGCGUAGUUCGGUACACUUUAGACCCUGUUUCUUCGUUAGGUUUUCCAUGUGCAACCAAGCUACAGAAUCGUUUAGACUUUUAAGUGUAAUAUAAUGCAAAGCCACUUGUAUUUGUAGUACUUAUUCUGCUUAAGUAUUGAUUUUAUACACGUUUAUUUCCUUAUGAUUAUAUUUUAUUUGUAAUUUUUCUAUGAAAUUAUUGAUAUUCAAAUUGCUUCAAACUUGUACUGAGAAAGAUAAAGAACUAUGUUUUUGAAAUACUUGUGUAUAUUUGACAAUUCAUAUCUCAUAUAUUAAGCGUAUAAGUAUAUCAUAUUAAAUACACAUAUAAAAAGUGCAUAAUAUAAAUAUGUGUAUUUAAUAUGUUUAAGCACAUAAUAUUUCGAAUAUAGAAAUUUUAAUAAAAUACGGUGAUUCAAAUAAUGUGAUACUGCACCACCGUAGAAUUAUUCUGUUGUAUCGUUAUUUCAGGAAUGUUCAGGCAAUGAAAUUUUUAUUGAAUAAUAGAUUCCACGUUAUUAUUUAUGAUAUUCAAUUUUAAAAAUAUUACUCACACGUUCGAAGUAUAAAUUUUGUCAGAUUUAAAAAUAAUGCAUAUCCUGAACGAAUUUUGUUACAACCAAUUGGUGAACACAGUUGCUAGCCGAAAGGCGCUAGUCGCUAAUAUCACGGAAGGUAAAACAUGGCUUUGUUGUCAUCGCAGACGAUGUGUUGUGUCGUUUAGAGCCAAAUAAUUUCUAUUAAUAUACUUAAUUAAAUUAAUGAAAGCGUGGCACGCGCUUGAGUGGGUUACUAUUUUAUUCAUCAGCCAAGAUGGACAUGUCAUUCUCAGUUAACGUCUGAACAGAGUGAAAGUUAUGGCUGGUGCAAUGCAGGAGGUUAGGGAUCCUCUGUCAACAGACAGUAAAGGAUACCCAACCUCAAAGGCAUGCAUAUCUUAUGAAGAAAUUGCUGCUAAGCUUCUAAGUGAUAAACUUUUAUUGACGGCCUUGGAGCUGCAUGCGGAAUUAUGCGAAGCAGGGAAAGAAUUACCUGUUUUGAAAGAAUUUUUUUCCACUCCAAGUCAUUUUGAAAGUCAAAGUAUUAAGCCAGAACCGUACACUUCUAUGCCCAGAUCAUCCAGUCAGGCUACUUUAGACUCACUUGAUAUGACAAGAUAUUCAGAAGAUGGCGCAGGGGUUGACGAGAGAGUAGCAAUUUUAGAAUUUGAACUAAGGAAAGCUAAAGAGAGUAUUUCUGCUCUUCGUGCAAAUCUCACUGUAGUCACAGAAUCAGACGGAUCUACACUUGAUAAGAGUUCUGAUAAGCAUUUAGUGAAUGACUUACCCAUAAAACCACACGAGCAAAGAGCUUUGAAUUUCCUUGUUAAUGAAUAUUUAUUAGCAUGUUCAUACAAGUUAACUUCAAUCACGUUUAGCGAUGAAAAUGAAAAUCAAGAUUUUGAAGAUUGGCAGGAUGUAGGAUUAGACAUCCCGAAACCUGCAGAAUUAUUACAAAUUUAUAGAGAAUAUAUGCGAGCUAAUGGUUACGAUAAGGCACCCUCUGCAAGUAUUGGUGUGCAAACAGACUUUUGCGAAGUUGAUUUUGAAACAGAAAAGAAUGAAUUUAAACAAAUGGUGAAAGAUAUAGAAGAACUUAAACAACAGACUGCAAUUUUAGAGCAAGAAAAGGUGGACUUGCAACAAAUUCUUGCAACUACAAAUGAAAAUUUAUCACAAAAUCCAACGAAGCAAGGUAGUAGCGGAACAAUACAAACAUUGAAUUCUAGUUCUACAACUCCAGAUAAAUUUGAAUUGCUUGAAACACCUCCUCGGGAUGCAUCAGCGGCAACGCAAGAACCAGAGGAAGAUGACAGUGUGUCAGUAGUUGUUAGCCUUGGUGACACUGAUCCUGGGGAUAAAGAAUGGACAAGAAUUCAAUUACCAAGAGUGGACGUUACAGAAGGAUCGUCUAUCCUUCCGAAUCCUCCAUCUAGACAUUUACCGCUAAAAUUUAAAAUGGAGGUUAUAGGCCAUUGUCUAGUUAAUAUUUCAAGUUCUAUUAUUUCCACGGCAGAAGAACCUUUUAAAAAUGGAGUCUCACGAGAUAACCUUGUUCACAUCUUGGCAGAAACUUUACCUCGCAUUGUACCCAACAUCAUACUUAAUAAACGCGAAGAAGUAAUACCAUUAAUAUUAAGCGUAAUUCGACUUCAUACCGAAUCUACGGAAAGGGAGAAAUUACUACAACUUUUAUUCAGUCUAAAGAAGAGGCCACAAGAAAAUGAAAGACAAUUAAUCUUAGCUGGAUUAAUUGCUAUGGCAAAACUCGAAAACGAUCCAAUGGAAGGGGAAGAAAUAUUAACUAUUUGUUGGGAGCAGAGUCAGUACAAAUACCCUGAGAAGAGGUUGUUAGCUGUGGAAUGUUGCUCUGUAUUGGCUCCAUAUAUGUCGGUUGGCAUUAGGAAUUCUUUAAUGCUUUCUAUGUUACAACAAAUGUUACUGGAUGACAAAGACCCUAUGGUCAGAGCUUGCGUAGUGAGAAGUCUUGCAUUGCUUAUAGCUUUGAUGGAUGAUCCCGAUAAAUAUUUUCAGUGCGAAGAAUUGGCAUUAACUGCACUGAAUGAUUCAUCACCAAUCGUUGUAGAAGUCGCAUCCACUUUACUUUUGCCCAUUUUAGCUCAGUGGGCGCUCUCCUUGAAAAGGUUGCAGACACAUUUGUUACCACGUGUAAUAUCAAAAGUUAAAAAUCAUUUAAAAUCUGGAUACUAUCAGCAUUCGCCUAAUAAAGAUCACAUUGACGAAGUAAAGACCGUGUCGUCGAUUAGCGUUUUACAGUAUUUAUUACCGCAUAUGGUUAUAUGCGUAGCAGAUACAGAUACAGUUAAAACAUAUAUAGAACAUGGAACGUCAUCUGAUUUAUCUGAUGUGUUCCUUAACUUGUGUCAUACCAAUAUUGUCAACCCAAAAGUAUUCUAUGAAGGAGACGUAGAUAUCGGAGCACUAUUGAAUACGUUCUUUGCGAAUACAUGGGAAAAUGAUACAUGGCCAGAAUUAGAGUGGUUCACAGAUAAAUUAUUAAUGGACAUUUUAGAAAUGAUCAAAUCCAUUGAAGUUGGACAUGAAACCAUUUUACAUGCUCUACUAACAUACGUCCACUCCUUAUGUUUGGGUUUUGGACGGUAUAUCACGCAAACACGGAUUCAGCCGAUAUUUGCAUCCGAAGUGUCCGAACUUGAGCAACAAUUAACGGCAUUAUCGCCAGAUAAAAAAAAUACGAGUUUGACGAUAAUGCCUAUGUAUUUAAUUUUGUUGUCUACUUUAGAUGGUGCAGAAGUUGCUAGAUGGUUGAAAGAAUUCCUUUUUACUUUGUCUAUAAACGGUAUCAGUAUUACUUGCUUACAAGUUGCAGUAAUUAUGUUAUGUACUGACGAACAUAUGCAAGAAUAUAUCCUUAGUGGUUUAUGGGAUGGGGUAGUGCACCAAAGACCUGUUGUGAGAUGCGCAACCGCAACAUUAUUUGGUUGUGUGAUAGCUCAUGUUUCUGAUCGGUUAGCCAGUGCUAAGGUAGUUCCAGCAGUCAUAACACUCGUUAGUGAUCCCGAUAUAACUGUUCGCUGCGCUGCGAUUCCUUCACUCGGUCGAUUAAUAACAGAAUGCAAAGUGAAAGAAAUGAGGGAUAAAGCACGUUUAACUUUAGAAACCAUUGCUAAAGAUCCUCAAGGUGUUCCUUCACCUUUGGCAUUACCGUUAGUUUCAGCAUUGGCAUUUAUCGCUCCUAAUUGCCCUCAAAAUUAUAUCGAAGAUGUAAUUGCCACUCAAUUAACUGGAAUAGCGUCAUUUGCGUUGCAGCAAGAUCGUAAAGUCGAUCUCAUUAGUGCUUUAGUUGAAGCAUUUUCUGUUCUGGUUUAUUGUCCGCUUAGCUAUCAAUGCGUUUCGAACGUAUUAUUGCCCGGCUUAAAAUCUUUGGAGCAAUUAGCAACCCAGUACUUACCUCAACAGAAAGACACUGUUAAAUCACUUUUGAGAGAAAUAGAAUCUCGACAAGAUCUUUCAAAACCGAUAGAGAGAUCGCUAUCUAUGAGCUCCGGUCUUUCAUUGUCAAUGGCUACUGUAAAUGUAGGACAAGGCGUGGAAGACAUGAGGCAAAGAGUGAGCAAGAUUUUCCAACAAAAAACUAGUUCAUCCAGUAUGUCAAGUAUUUUCCGAAAAAAGUAAGACAAAUUAGAUUGUUUCCUAGCUAUAUCUACAGAUUAAUACGUCUUGUUAUUAUUUACGAAAUUUUUAGUUAAUUAUUUCCCUAAUACUCUUAGGAAUUUAACAAUACUUGUACUUAUGUACUUUAUGAUACAAGAUAAUGCACAAAACUUACAUGAAUUAAAACACAAUAUUACAUAAGUAUUAUCAAUUAAAAUCAGGAUAUAAGUUUGAUAAUAAAAUUUAUUCAAAAAUUAGUAACGAACAUCACUACAGAAGCAGGUGUGCCUUUGAAAAUACAAUUUAAAAAUUUUUAAGAAACACACAAUUUAAUUAUGUUCGGAAUGAAAAAAUUACAAAAUAAGAUAAAAGUCAAUAAAUAAUAUAUUCAUUUCUAUAUUCAUGUGUAUAAGUAAACAUAACAUUAAAUAUUAAUAUAAUUGUAACGCUUUAUAUAAUUAGUUAUUUUGGAAAAUUACAUUAACUGAUGUCUAAUUUGUUAUUAUAUAUUUUAUGGAUUACAGUAUAUUUAUUAAAAGAAAUCUCAGAAACUACUAAUAUUGUAGAUAUUUUAUGUAUUAUAUAACAUUAUUGUGCUCUUAAGAAAGAAAUUGAAAAUAUAUCCUGCCAUAAUGCAACUAUUAAACAUAAAGUUACAAGAGUUUAAUAAUUAAGAUUUACCAUAUUGUAAAUCAUAGAAAUAUUUUAUAGGUAAUAUUAAUCUUUUAACGAAUCGGUUGUGACUAUUCAGUGUUAAUACCUUAAAACAUAAUUUCAUUUGUGUAUACUAUACGACCUUUAGAUCAGAGCAACUUUGAUUUUUAUCAUAUACACGAUUUUAUGUGAUACCAUAAAUCCAGUAUAAUCAACGUAUGUAUAUUUGUACUUAAAUCAAACUUACUGUAUGUAAGCCCUAAUAUUUCCGCUGUAAACAAAUGAAAAGAAAUAAUCAAAUUUAUUUAGAGUAGUUCGUAUCUUGUAAGAAUAUUUUAUUGUAUCUAUAUAUAUAUAUACAAUUAUAUGUCCCGUAUAUACAUAUAUAUUGACAUACAAUACAUGUAUAUAAUGUAUUUAAUAUAUGCGUAUAUACAAUGAUUAAUAGUUCAUCAUUGUUCGUGACCAUUAAAUCAUUAUUACUUUAUAUACAUAUACAUAUAUAUAUAUAUACAUAUAUACACAUGUAUAUGUAUUUGUGUUUAUUAAAUAUUAAAUACUGUAGCAUGUUUUAUUAUCGUGCAAAGAAUAAAUUUUAUAAUAUAUUUACUCUAAAUGUAGAUCCAAGUUCUCAACAUGUUUUAAUUACUCUGUGCUAGCGCUCUUACUGCUGUACCGACUUUCGGAUAUCUGUAUCUGGAAUAGUCGUUGACUUUCAAUUUCAGUAUGUACAUAUCUGUUUCAUUUGAAUCAGAAUAUGUAGAUACGUUUAUAUUAUCGCGAAUAUUCAUAUUCUUUCAAAAAAAAUAUGUGAGGUGAAAAAGAUUCGUGUUGAGUAAUUUCUCGUAGAUAUGUGCAUACACUACAGUAACUGUAGUAAAUUAAAAAGAUUAAAUUUAUUUCUCGAAUUUCAAAUAUGCUUAGUGGGAAUCUAAUGAUAUAUAAAUUAUAUAAUACAAUCGAAAUCAGAGAAAAUUAAAUUUCUAAAAAUUUCUACAUGCAUUAGAUAUGUCACUGAAUACCAGUCUCUUUAGUACAUAUAAAAAUAAUUGCACCUGAAGAGGUAACACCUAAAAAUAGGCAAGAAAGGGUUAUAACUAAUAAACAGUUCUGCUUAUUACUAAAUAAUGUAGAUAAUCUUAUCUUUCUUCAUUGAAACAAAAUAUUAUUUUCUCACCAUAUACAAUUAUAAAUGAUUGUGUUUUUCAAGUUGGCUUCCUUAUGGAGAUCUUAAGUGUUUCGAGGGUAUUAAUGUAUUUAUUGUGUAAAUUGUAAAUUAAUUAAUAACAUAAUGAAAUAUGAGAGAUCUUACAAACAAGGAGACUUGGGUGAAGUGAGUCACUUCGUGGAUAUUGGUUGUAACCGACAUUAGGAGCAAAAGAAUUAAUUACCAUCCCUGGUAGAAAGCAUAUUUGAUUAAAUAAACCAAAGGAUAAUAGGCAUAUUUAUAUAUGACUUCGGCCAUGUAUGGACAACACUGAGUGACAUUCUCCAUUAUUAACGGUCUCCAAUGUACGAUAAUACUCUAUAGGACCUUAUAACACAUAGGAGAAGUUCGUUAUUAAUAUGUUUAGUCAUUAUAAUUAAUUACAGAAAUAAAUUGUUUACUAAGAGGAGAACCAGGUAUUAUUUCCAUUUAUAUAUUGUUAAUUUAUUUAGAAAACAUUAAUUUAUAAAAAUAACAAUUGCAAAACAAUUUUAUAAAAAAUAAACAAUCUUAUUAAUAAAAUGAUAUUCAGUAUCGUCGCCGUUGUAUGUUAAUAAUUCGUCAUCCAGAUGAUUUUCCAUAAACUAAAUAAACUGUCAGUGUAUGUGAAUAGUAAUCCAAUAUUUCUUCAACAAAUACAUGUUGUUUAUUUUAAUCAAUUAACAGCAAUAUUUAAAUAAAAUUGAUUCAAUGAUGUUUAGAAUACUUAUUUCAAGCUAAUAAUUAUAGUCUUCGUGUCCGCUCAUGGCCGAAAAUGCUUAUUCCCCUUUGUAUCGUAAUAAUUAUUUUCUUAUUGAAUGUAAAAAAGGGUAAUGGUAAUGAUAAGUGAUAACGAUCAUCAUGUAGAAAUAAAAUAUUAAUUUUAAAAUAAAUAUGUUUGUUUCUUAGUAAUACAGAACGUAUGGAUACUUUAUUAUGCUGUUUAAUAAUUUUUUAUCACUGUUGGGUACAAAUGAUCGUUAUGUUAUUUUAUGCGUAUAGAAAGCAAGAGCAUUUAUUAUUUCGUCCACAUUCUAUUCAAAAAUCCUUAAUUUUUUCAUUUUAUUUUUUUUUUAAAUAUAUACAAUACUGUUUUUUGUUUAUUAGGUAUACAAAUAAUUCCUUUAGUUUAUAUUUGCUAUUUUAAUCGAACACUUCUCAAUUUUCGCAUCCUUUAAUCUUCACCAUUUGACAAAAACUUGCUUUUUCUAAUCUGAACGUAAAUAAGUAGUAAUUAUCGGCUAAUUGGCAAAGAAAACCCGAAUUCAGAUGUUCAAGUUCAGAUACUGAAAUACUCAGAUUUAAAUUUUGAAACCAGAUUCAACUUGUACCGGACAUUCCGAUAUCCGGAUAGUAAGAGCUCUAGACACAUUGCAAACUUGGAAAAGUUUGUAAUUGGGGUGGCUUAAUUAUACUACUAACAACGCGCGGAAUUUUAAUAGCCUUCAAAUUCUUCUGAACCCUGAGCAAUCUAGAAUAAUUCUAAAACUAAUCCUUCUUUAUUGACAGUACGUCCACCGUGAAUUUUAAGUUCAACACGGGGGAGUUUGCAUGCUUAUCCCUAAGAAACCUUCGGUGUAAUACUAUUUACAUGACUUCAAAUGUGGGUGAGAAACUUUAAGGGGCGAAAAGGUUUACAAUAAAUAUUAAGCGAGCAAUAGGGAGAAAUAAAGUCUGUUCUAAACCAUCUGUGCACUAGAUAAAAAGUAUGUAAAAGUAUGAAACUCAAGGAGAAGCUAUGUCUUAUUUAUUGUAUAUGUAUGGUAAACAAUACAAAGGAAACAUCUUU